AUGAUCAAUCCCCAGCAGAUGGCUACCAACAAGCCUGCCAAUGCGAACGAUGAAGAUCUCUUUGAUGGCAUGUCUAAUAUCAGUAUGCCAAUUGACCAACCGACAUCUAUGUCCUAUUGUGUUCAGAGAAUUCGACUCGGAGAAAUUUGUCGAGAAAUUAGCGACAGCAUUCCGUUUCUAGAAAUUGGACCCGGUGACCCCCACUAUGAAAUGAUCAAGCAUUUUGACAAGAGGAUAUGCGAAUUUGCCGAAGGAAUGCCGCCCUUCUUCUCCCUUGACCGUGAUACACACCAACUACCCGAUUCUGAUCGCCACAAAUCCUCAGGAAUCUCCAUCCAAAGAUACAUUAUCAACUCUUUGCUUUAUACUCAGCGCUGUAGGCUACACUUGCCUUAUUUGUCUCGGGCUGCUUCGGAGCCGACCUACGCGUACUCAAGGAUCGCCUGUCUCGAAGCAGCGCGAAUGAUCAUCCGCACGGAAGCAAGAUUAUCUGCGGAGAAGUUUCCCUUUGUUCUGACACGUUUUAAAUUUUCUGGAGGUUUGUAUUGUGUCUGUAUGGCUAUCAUAGUACUGCUUAUGGACCUUUGCCAGAAUAAAACCAUGCGGCCCGAGGAUGAUCGAGAGCUCCGAGCCGAGACUUUUCAGGCCUUUGGCAUUUUGGAAGAAGCUCAAGGCCAUUCUCCCUUUGCUGGGAAACUUCUCAAAUCCUUUCACGCCAUCAUAAGCCGAAACAAGAUUCCGAUAUCCACAGCGGAGAACAAGCUGGCAGGCCAACCGAGGACUCAAAGUCGGUCUGGUCGCGAAUCAACCCACAAUUCUACAUUAACGCCCGUAUCAACCGAGGCGGAAAUGGAAACUACUACUAUUGAUGCGAGCUUGCCUUGCUUUGAAGAUAUUUGGCAAACAUUUGAUGCCAGCGUGGACCCGUCUACUCUGUUUGACUGGAAUGCCUUGCUAUCAGAGCUAGACUCGCCAUUUUUAUCAAUAUAG